AUGCCACCAAAGAAACCGGCGCCGGGAGCCACUGAUCCGACCGCGUCCGCCAGCCUCCGCGAGGAGGAGACCGACGACGGCUGGGUCCUCGGCGGCGGCGGCGGCGGCGGCGGGGGCAGGCCGCCGAGGCCACCGCCGCGAAGCGGCACCACCAGGCCUUCGGCGGGCGGCCAGGGCCAGCCGCCGUUCGACCCCGCCCCGGACGAUCUCGUCGGGCGGUACCUGCCGACGCGCCGUUCCCUGCGGUGCGGCGAGCUGCCGCUGCAGAUCCACGACGCCGACGUCUACGGCCCGCACCCGGCGUUCCUCGCCAAGGUCCACCCGCCCGCCAGCGCCAACGGCGGCGGCGGCGAAGGCGACCGGGUCGAGUGGCUCUUCUUCGUCUGCCGCGGGCGGGGCCUCGGCGGCAAGCGGAGGGCGGGGCGCGGCGCGUACCGCCUCGUCGGCGAGGCCAACUCCCGCGGCGGCGGCGCGUGGUACUGCCACUCCUUCCGCUACCACGAGGACGCGGCGGGGGCCAGCGCGUCCAGGGAGACCGAGUGGCGCAUGGACGAGUACGGCGACCGCGGCGGCGACGACUCCGGCGCCGGCGGGGCGUUCGACAUGGUCGUAUGCAAGGUGUACCCGGCUCGCGGCGGGGCCCUCCACAAGAGACCCGUCCAGCAGCAGCACAGCACGACGACGCCCGCGGCGAAACGCGCGGGCGCGGACGUGAAGCCUCAGGUGCUCGUGCAACUGUACCUCGCCAGCCGCAGCGUCGGGGACCCGCUGCGGUGCCGCAUGCACCACGCCACCUACGUCUGCGCGGUGCUCACGGGCGUGCUCCCGGCGGCGAACGACAGGUUCGAGUGGUUCUUCGCCGUGCGGCGCCCGCGAACAACGGAGCACGGCGGCUGCGACGAUGGCAUUAUUGCGCGCCCGCGAAGAGGAGGGCCGGGGCAGUACGUGCCGGCGGCGCGCUACUGGGGCGUCAGGGACAGAGAAGGCCGGGACGUGGGAUACCGGCGCGUGUUCCAGUAUCGGGAGGACGACGAGGCGUCGCGGAGAUUGGCGCGGACGGAGUGGUGGAUGGAAGAAUAG